GCAUCCUGGACUUCGAGCCGCCCAUCAUUCCGCUCCGUGUGCACACACCGGCGUCGCCAUGCCGACAGCGAUGGGAAGCAACCUGCGAGGGGGGCAGUCGGACAUCACCACAAUGGCCAUGUCCUUCCUAGACGAACUGGCCAGCCCGUACAUGAAGAACGGCACUGUGGUAGAGAUGGUGCCGGACGACAUGAUCUACAUGAUUCACCCGCAUUGGUACCGGUUCCCUCCCAUGAACCCUCUCUGGCACAGCCUCCUAGGCUUCGCCAUGGUCGUGCUGGGCAUCAUCUCAGUCAUGGGCAACAGCAUGGUCAUGUACAUCAUGACCACCACCAAGUCGCUACGCACACCUACCAACAUGCUGGUUGUCAACCUCGCCUUCUCAGACUGGUGCAUGAUGGCGUUUAUGAUGCCGACGAUGGCGGCCAACUGCUUCGCCGAAACGUGGAUCCUGGGACCAUUCAUGUGCGAGGUGUACGGCAUGGUGGGCUCGCUGUUCGGCUGCGGCUCCAUAUGGUCCAUGGUGAUGAUCACCUUGGACCGGUACAACGUCAUCGUGCGCGGCGUGGCAGCAGCGCCGCUCACGCACAAGAAGGCGGCGUUAAUGAUCUUCUUCGUCUGGUUUUGGGCUCUCGCCUGGACGUUGCUGCCCUUCUUCGGCUGGAGCAGAUAUGUACCCGAGGGCAACAUGACGAGUUGCACCAUCGACUACCUCACCAAGACACUGCUGUCGGCGUCGUACGUGGUAGCGUACGCUGUGGGUGUCUACUGGACCCCGCUCUUCAUCAACAUCUACUGCUACUCGAAGAUCGUGCGCACCGUGGCGCAGCACGAGAAGCAGCUGCGCGUGCAGGCAAGGAAAAUGAACGUCGCCUCGCUGCGCGCAAACGCCGAGCAGAACAAGACGAGCGCCGAGGCCAGGCUCGCUAAGAUCGCCAUGAUGACCGUCGGCCUGUGGUUCAUGGCUUGGACGCCGUACCUGACCAUCGCCUGGGCCGGCAUCUUCAGCGAUGGCUCCAAGCUGACGCCGUUGUCUACCAUCUGGGGCUCGGUGUUCGCCAAGGCCAACGCCUGCUAUAACCCCAUCGUGUACGGCAUCAGUCACCCCAAGUACCGAGCCGCCCUGGCACGCCGCUUCCCGUCCCUGGUGUGCGUCCCACCACCGAGCGCAGGCGACGACACGCGCUCCGAAGCCUCCGGCAUCACCACCGUGCCGGAAGACCGCGUCAUGACGACCGAAACCUAGACGACAUACGGCGCCACUAAAUUCGUCACGUAGGAUUCGGAAUUGGAGCAUCGUGUUAGCCUCACAGCAAGCACCAACAGCAGCGCACAAGAUGAUCAAAAGGUGCUCGUUCUGAAAACGGCUGAGAAUCAACGCACGCACACACACACACACACCGCCGAGCGCAGGCCUAUAGGUGAACGAGGUCGCACAGCUGCCAGUCCUGACACCACUACCCGGAGCCUAUGAACGGACCCUAGGUUGCUUCGUCGAACGUGCGUCCAAAUAUCGCGACAUAACUACUUCCAUCUGCAUAAUGAAGAGUUAAGCAGCAGCGAAGGUAAAUAUAUGACAAGCCUACUGUGGGUGUACUCCUGACGUCACUCUCAUGCGACGCACGGUGUGCGUGAUCAGUACCUAAAGCGCGGUAGAUCGGCGACUACGUGGCUGCGCGCCAACGAUCGCGAAGGUUGGUAUAUUCCGGCGGAACCGAAGUGCAAAGUUUCCCGUGUCUCAAUCCGGUCGUCUUAUACCCGCUCUUGUCACGCCGCUCUUUUCUGUCACUAAGGUAGCUCGCACGGAGCGUGAAAUUGUGCGUUAGAGGCGCACACAAAAAGCGAGAGAUUGCGACUUGCUUCUGCCACCACGUCCGCAUUCAGCUGCCGUCCGAACUUAUGCGCAUGAACGAUAUCGCCGUACCUUCGGAAACCGCACCGUGUCUGCGCUACACUCUUGAACUGCCAGAGCCGGAGAGCGCUGCGUGUUAGCUAAUAGGGAGUAUUCAUGCAUCUAGCUAAUAAGUGGCUCUUCGGCGCACUGUCGGUAACUUUGCUUCUCAGCCUACUCGUGCUCUUUCAACGCUCUUCCGCUCAUCAUCUUUAAGCGUGCAUUAGUUUCACUUUCGCCGUGACAUCGCGUAAAUGCACCUGUCAUCUAUUAUUUCGCAGCACCAUGCGCGAUGAGUGGAUUCAGCGUACACAACGUUCUGCAUAUUUAGAAGAUUUGCCAGGUGGUCUGGCAUGCGUGCCUUGCUGUCGCACAGUCUGCAGGGGAGACCACUGACCAGAGACGGGUGCUUCAAAUUCCCUUUUCGGAAUGGCGAUAACCCUCACUGAGAACUCUGAUCAUCGCCUCAUUAUACUAUAUGCGUCAUGAUACACAAAAAAGAGACAAAGUCCGGCAACAGCCUUGGCAAGGUCACUUGUUGAGGCUACGCCAGCACCUAAGGCACAAACACUGUGAAGUGCAUGAGGUGUGUGGCCGACAACGUCUAUGAAUUUAAUUAGCGUCUCGUGAGGGCAUAAGCUUUCGCCUGUGCUCUCCUUAGCGUUGCCUAAAGGGACUGUGACUUUGUGUUAAAUGUAUUUAUAUAUAACUGACCUUAAUUACUAUUUAUCUUUCAUCUAGUCUACACCUUGUGCCUUACCUGCAGAGCUUAGGGCUAUUAGGUAAAUAAAAACUCGAGAUUGGGUGAGACAAGCCUGUAAACGCCGCGACAUCCUGUGAAUAUGUGCUUCGCUCUGGCUGAAUGAAUCUGUCGAACGAGAUUUUCAAAGUGCGGAUGUGUGCAUCGUCAUCUUAGAGACCAUGACGACAUUGUGAAUGUCCUCCACGUCGAUAACUUCAGCAACAGACAUACGUUUCUAAGGCGCAGCGUUUUUUUUUUCAUCACGGCAGGAUAUAGCUGCGCACUUUUUCUGUAUCAUGCCAAUCUUUUCAACUCUGUAUGUAUCACACAUCUUGGAUAGGCCCGCUUCUGUACCUUGUGAUGAGAAACGACAAUAAACAAAGAGCAUGAAAAACGACCGUCGUU